ACAGUGUAUUCGAGGACUCUCAUAUUUGUCUGCAGAAAUCAGCUUCUGGACAGCGGUGAUGUUGGGCGCUUUAAGGAGAAAAGUUGCGACCGGAGGUUCAUCAGCUUCGGUAUUAGGGAAGUCCUUGCAGGUGAUUCGGCAGAGCGUUUCAGCAUCUAGAGUGUCUUCAAAUGUUGGAAAAGAGAUUAUGUUUCUUCAGCCGAGGGGAAUUGUCCAUGUCCGCAACUUCUCUCAUCUUGUUCUACCAGGCUCUUCUGCUGACUUGACAAAGACAAGGGAUGUCAUCUCUAGCAUUCAGUCGGAGACUAUCAUGCAAAAGUCAUGCAAGGCUUUCUCUUCUGGCGAUGGUGAUCUGGUUGAUGUUGUUUAA